AAUUGUUUAUGUAUUUUAUAAAGUCGUCAGGGGUUUUGGUGAGAGAGCAAAGAAAAAGCUUCUGCUAUUGUUUCCUUGCAUUCAAUUCUCUUCGAUUAUUAUUCUUUUAUAUCUUUUAAGCUCUUUAGACCAAAAACAGACUCUCUCCCACGUCCCAACUCUCUUCUGUCCGUGGUGAUGGAGUUCGGGAAAUGAUAUUCGUGGAAAGAAAUAAAGCGCCGUUUCACCAUUAAUGGAGUAGUACAGAGCUGUUAAAGCAGAUGAGGAAAGAAACCUAGCUGGGCUCCUUUUGUUUCAUGGCUGCUAAUAAAGGCAACAACAGCCGAACGGAACAACAACAACACCACCAUCAAAUUUCUUUUGGGAUGAUGCAAUCAACUUCGUCUGUCCCUGGAAGUCUCAUCGGAAGUAAGGAUACUGGAGCUUAUGACGUGGGUGAAUUGGAUCAAGCCCUCUUUUUGUACUUCGAAGGACAAGAUCACUCAUCACUUCAGGAACAAAGACAGAACCCAGUGAUCAGACCACCAACUCUGAAUAUCUUCCCUUCUCAGCCCAUGCAUGUAGAGCCAUUUACUGCAAAGGAAAGUGUAGCUUUAAUUUCUACAACAAGCAGUGGUUCAAAGAGAUCAUCAGGGCCGGCCAUGGAGUUGGCUAAUCCCCGGAAGGAUUCGGCAUCUGCUACCGAACCACCCAAAACCGUCAAGCGUGAAGCAGUAAACCGCAAGGGCCCAACAUCAAGUUCAGAGCAAGAAGGACCAAAAACACCAGACCCAAAGACAUUAAGAAGGCUCGCUCAAAAUAGAGAAGCAGCUAGGAAGAGCAGGCUACGGAAGAAGGCUUAUGUUCAGCAGCUAGAGUCAAGUAGGGUAAGGCUAAAUCAGCUGGAACAGGAGCUUCAAAGGGCUAGAACUCAGGGUAUAUUCUUUGCUGGAGGAACUCUCGUAGGAGAACCAGGCAUUCCUGCUGGUAUCAGCAAUCUAAGCUCAGAUGCUACAGUGUUCGACAUGGAGUAUGCGAGAUGGCUCGAGGAGAACCACCGGCUCAUGUGUGAGCUCCGAGCAGCUGUGCAAGAACACUUACCGGAAAACGAGCUUCGUCUCUUCGUGGACAAUUGUUUAGCGCACUACGAUGCGAUUAUGAACCUCAAGAGCAUGGUCGUAAAAUCUGACGUUUUUCAUAUUGUCUCCGGUACGUGGAAAACUCCGGCAGAGCGCUGCUUCAUGUGGAUGGGAGGAUUCCGGCCAUCCGAACUAAUAAAGGUUCUGAUGAAUCACAUCGAGCCAUUGACGGAGCAGCAGAUCCUGGGAAUCUGUGGACUGCAACAAUCGACGCAUGAGGCAGAGGAGGCUCUCUCGCAAGGGCUGGAAGCGCUCCGCCAAUCCCUCUCGGACACCAUCGCUUCCGACGCUCUUAGUUGCCCUCCUAACAUGGCUAACUACAUGGGCCAGAUGGCCGUCGCCAUGAACAAGCUCUCCACCGUCGAAGGUUUCGUUAGACAGGCUGAUAAUCUGAGGCAGCAGACCCUUCACCGGCUUCACCAAAUCUUGACGACCCGGCAGGCGGCGAGAUGUUUCUUGGCGAUAGCUGAGUACUUCCACCGGCUCCGAGCUCUGAGCUCUCUGUGGUUGUCACGCCCCCGGCAGGAAUAAAAUGCUAUAGGCAGGCGUCAUCCUCUUCUUUUUGCUUUCUCUUUGCCUGUCCUUAGAGAUCCCUUGUAGACACUUUUAACAUGGAGAUGUGUAUAUACAGAAGGAAAGACAACCAUAACCAGCAUAAAAGAUGAAAACAGUAGAUUGAUGCA